AUGUUUGCUCGUUCACCAUUUAUUUCAACAAUUUUUAAAAGAUCAAUUGGAUCAGUACGUACAACCAUUAUUGGUACUGGUACUACUACAAUUCCAAAACAAUAUCAAUUAUUCAAUUUCAAUAAUUUGAUUACCAAUUUCAAAUCAUCAUCAUCAAGAUCUUCUUAUGGUGGUAGUAGCAACUAUAGCAACUAUAGCAGCAGCAAUAAUAGUAAUAACACUUUAAAAAUAUUAUUUGCUAGUACUGGUUCAUCAUUUUUAUUAUUAUCUACAUUUGCUAGAAAAAUCCACAAUGAUACUGGUAGUUUAACUCAAUAUCAACAACAACAACAACAACCAUCAUUAGAUUUAUCUAUUAGUAAACAACAACCACUACAAAAACAAUAUCAUGAAUCUAGAUUUUCUAAUUAUUUAAAUUAUGAAGAAUUAACUAUUGGAUCAGUAGUUGGAUUAUUUUUAGGAGUUAUAAUUGGGAAAUUAUCUCAAGUUAUUGUAUUUGUUUCAUUACUGAGUUAUUUUUUAAUUGAAUUUUUAGAAAAUAAAAAUAUUAUUCAUAUUCCAUGGAAUUAUUUCAUUACUAUUGGUAAAGAAAAAAUUAAUUUAAAACAAUUAUUUUUUGAAAAACCAAGUUUUAAAAUUUCAUUUGUUUUAUCAUUUAUUAUUGCUGCUUAUAAUGUAUAG